CUGAUGGGCAGGUCGAGCGUCUGUCAGUGUCAGUCCACAAAACACAGAUGCUGAUAAGCUUGCCUAUUUUGAACUUGACGGCGCAAGAAAGGUUCUCGUUCGCGCGCUAAAAGCUCAUCGGGCGAAAGCUCUCGGCAUGGCAAAAAGCUUGAUAUCGGGCGAGCGCUAUGCUCAGUGCUCAAAUUGAACUCGGACCGUGCGGUACAAGAAGUCGUGCGUUGCGGGUAGUAGUGGAACAAACUCUCUCACACACACACACAAACACAAACAUACAAAUAUAUCUAUAAACAUAUAUACAAGCUGAGACACGGGCACACGCACACAUUGUUAGUCAAGGGCCAAACAAAGUGACAGUUAAUACAAGGGGCACAGUGACAAGUUGCAUGAGCAAAGGAUAAUUGUCAUAGAUUCGCAGAGCCUACCAAGUGGAGCAAAAGAUACAACAGACGCAAAAUGCCAACGGAAAAAUCAAUAUUCAAUCCGAAUCCGGCGAUUAGCCGUAAUGCCUACAUAUCCAGCUUUGAAGAGUACACGAAAUUCUACAAGGAGUCCUUGGACAAUCCCGCUGAGUUUUGGUCUCGCGUAGCGAAACAAUUUCACUGGGAGACGCCAGCGGAUCCCUCCAAAUUCAUGCAAUACAAUUUCAAUAUCUCCAAAGGACCCAUCUCCAUCAAAUGGAUGGAGGGCGCCUCGACCAAUAUUUGCUACAAUCUGCUCGAUCGAAAUGUUCGCAACGGCCUAGGCGAUCAAAUAGCCUACUAUUGGGAGGGCAAUCACCCGGAUGACUAUUCGCGUGGUCUCACCUACCGCAAGCUGCUGGAGGAGGUGUGCCGCUUCGCCAAUGUGCUGAAGGAUCAUGGCAUUCAGAAGGGUGAUCGCGUCUCCAUUUAUAUGCCCAUGAUUCUGGAGCUGCCCAUUGCGAUGUUGGCUUGUGCUCGCAUCGGUGCCGUGCACUCGAUUGUGUUUGCCGGAUUCUCGUCGGAUUCCUUGGCGGAACGCAUGUUCGAUUGCAAGGCCAAGCUGCUGAUCACGGCCGAUGGGGCUUGGCGUGGCGAGAAGCCGCUCUACCUGAAGGCUUUGUGCGACACGGCGUUGGAGAAGGUGGAGGAGAUGGGCCACUCCGUGGAGAAGUGCAUUGUGGUGUCGCAUCUGAAGCGCGUGACGCCCUGCCAGGACAAUCAUGUGGACCAGGACAUACCGUGGACCGAUGAUCGCGACUACUGGUGGCACGAGGAGAUGGAGGAUAAGGAGCCCGCCUGCUAUCCAGAGUGGAUGGAUGCCGAGGAUCCCUUAUUCAUGCUCUACACGAGCGGCUCCACGGGCAAGCCCAAGGGCGUGCUCCAUACCACGGCUGGCUACCUGCUCUAUGCGGCUACCACGUUCAAGAUCGUCUUUGACUACAAGCCCGGCGACAUCUACUGGUGCACUGCCGACGUGGGCUGGAUCACUGGACACACCUACGUGGUCUACGGACCACUGGCCAAUGGCGCCACCUCCAUUAUCUUCGAGGGCACGCCCUUCUUCCCGGGCAACGAUCGCUACUGGAGCGUCAUUGACAAGUACAAGGUCACCCAGUUCUAUACGGCGCCCACGGCCAUACGCGCGCUCAUGAAGUUCGGCGAGGCGCCAGUGCUCAAGCAUAAUCUGACUGGACUCAAGGUCUUGGGCAGCGUUGGUGAGCCCAUCAAUCCAGAGGCUUGGCUUUGGUACUAUCGCUACAUUGGCAAGGAGCAGUGCUCCAUUGUGGAUACCUUCUGGCAGACGGAAACUGGUGGACAUGUCAUAACGCCUCUACCUGGAGCCACGCCCAUGAAACCAGGCUCUGCGUCUUUUCCGUUCUUUGGCGUCAAGCCGACUCUGCUGGAUGAGUGCGGCAUCGAGAUUAAGGGCGAGGGCGAGGGUUACCUGGUAUUCUCGCAGCCCUGGCCGGGCAUGAUGCGCACGCUGUACAACAAUCAUGAGCGUUUCGAGGACACCUACUUCUCCAAGUUCCCAGGCUACUAUUGCACUGGCGAUGGUGCACGUCGUGAUGCCGAUGGCUACUUGUGGAUCACUGGUCGCGUGGACGACAUGUUGAAUGUGUCUGGCCAUCUGAUGUCCACGGCCGAGGUGGAGUCUGUGCUCACGGAGCAUCCGCGUGUUGCCGAAUCGGCUGUGGUGUCUCGCCCCCAUCCGGUCAAGGGCGAAUGCCUCUACUGCUUUAUCACGCCCAAUGAAAACGAGACGUUCGAUCAAAAACUGAUCGCCGAUCUGAAGAAGAUGGUACGCGAACGGAUCGGACCCUUCGCCAUGCCAGAUGUUAUACAAAAUGCGCCAGGCUUGCCCAAGACACGUUCCGGCAAGAUUAUGCGCCGUGUGCUGCGCAAGAUCGCCGUCAACGAUCGCAACGUGGGCGACACGUCCACGCUGGCCGACGAGCAGAUUGUGGAGCAGCUGUUCGCCAAUCGGCCCGUAGAGGCCAAGUAGACGGACCCAUUGAUGCAGUUACUCUUCGCUUAUCGAAUGACCUUGCUGCCCUGUAGACCUUUACCUAGCUAUAGGCUAACAGUUGAUCAGCUUCUAACCACAUGAAUCUUGUAAAUCUCCUCCCCCAUAUUAUCUAUGUUUAACGUUUAACUGUUGGCCCCCGCCCGCCCCCUGCUAGCCGGGCUUACAGAUUCCACUUAGUUCGUAAGCUGUGUGCGUAAGUAAUGGUUCAUCAUGCACUUGGAUACAUAUGCGAAAUGCACUCGUUAUUUUCUAUAUAUAUAUUUCUAUAUAUAUAUAUAUGGAUUCCUGGUUCUAUAUCGUAUAUGUCCUUAUAUUCUGUAGUUAAUAUUAUACACUGAGCACGCACAUUUUUCCAGUUCUUUUGUUUCUUUGUUGUAGUCUUAGAUUAAGUUUUUGCUAAAUUCGUUGUGAUACAAAUUUAAUUAUAUAUUGAUUAUGUAUGUAUUUUUAGUAGAAUUGAUAUAACAAAAUAUAUACACGAUUCCAGUAAUAUCCAUUAACAAAAAACAACACACGAUUACACAAUUUUGAUUUGGUCUUGUAGUUCUUCACACUAUUUUAUAUAUUUUAAGUUGAGUUCGAUCUCCAGUCGCUUACAGCACCAGCCUAGCUCAGUGAGGAACACGUAAGUCCGGAUCAUAGAUAUAUAUAUAUAUAUAUAUAUAAUAUUAGAUAUAUAUUUGUGUUGACAUUUACUAGACGUUCGAAACGUUUGUUAGCUUUUAAGAUUGGGAACGAAACAUAUCAGUGUUGCAUAAAGCUUAUCAGCAUUCCUAUAUACAUAUAUAUUUAUUUGAUAUACAUAUUUACAUAUAAAUAUCGUCUACGCUAUAUGGUCGAAUGAAGACUAACCGCAACAAAAACAUAUCAUUGAACGAAACUGCUGCUAAACUCAAAAUUUAUAUAAAAUAUUUCAAUUAUAUAGCAUAUAUACUUAUAUAUAUACAUAUAUGCCAUUGUUAGUCGAGUUUGCCCCGAUGCUCAGAGCUAUCUAUCGCAACUGAAGAAUCAGGCAAACAGACCAUAGUAAGUAUUUGUUAUUUAUAGUUAUCAACGUUGGGCGAGAGAGUCGAAAGAGAUUUGAAUGGAACGUAGUGCUUCUUAAUCUAAAUGGAGGGUCGUCCCAGCAGCGGCCCUCUCCGAUUGUAUAAAGUUGAUUAGCUUUAGAGCGUGUGUUGAUGCGAAACGAACUCACAUUAUCUAACCCUGAUAUAUGUAUAUGAUGUACAUACAUAUUUAAAAUAUAUAUAUAUUUAUCGAAUCAUAUAUACAUGUAUGUGUAUAAUAAAGUUUAUUGUUUCAAUGUGUUUCAAUGCAA